GGGCGGAGCGAGCGAGCGAGCGAGCGAGUGAGGACGUGUUCCGGCUCGGACUUUGCCCGGGUCUGUGUCGGCUCCAUCCCCCGGCCCCAGCUCCCGUUCCCCGCGCUCUCUCCGCCAGCACCCGGUGUCCCGGCCCGAGCUCCCGGUGUCCCGGCCCCAGCUCCCGGUGUCCCGGCGCCGCUGCCCGGCCGCGGGAUGAACAACAACAGGCCACAGUUACGGCCGUGGCUGAUCGCUCAGGUCGACAGCGGCCACUUCCCGGGGCUGCGGUGGGUGAACGGGCGGCGGAACAUGUUCCGGAUCCCCUGGAAACACGCGUCCCGACAGGACCUGACCCAGGACGACUAUCGCAUCUUCCGGGAUUGGGCAAUCGCCAGUGGUCGCUUCAACGGGCAAGAUGCCGACGACCCCCCCAAAUGGAAAACCAACUUCCGCUGCGCCCUGAACAGCAACGAGUCGUUCAGAAUGUUGACCGACCUCUCAAAGGAAUCCACAGACCCACACAAGGUCUACUGCAUCAUGGACCUUAACCCUGAACCUCCCCCAGAUGGAGCGAUGGGAGUGGACGAGGAGCUGGAAUCGAUUCUGCACCUCAGCCCCGAGACCGAACCGACCCUGCCUGGCUUCCCCCCGCUGCCCGUGGAUGAGGUGAUGCCGCACUUUGGAUCCAUGAGUCUGUCCGACAGCCCCUCAGGACCGUCAGGGACUGACCCUUGUCUCUCUCUCCUAGAGCGCUGUUGGCCGCUGCCGGGAGGGGGGGCGUGCGGGGAGGGGGGCUUCAGCCAGCAGGGACCUGUGUACCCCCCCGCUGCCCUCCACCCCCCGGCCGCUGAUGCCAACCUGCCCCCUUGGGCACCAGUCCUCAUCAAUGGUCAAGAGCCCAGUGACCUGGACAUCACGGUGUAUUACCGCGGCCGCCAAGUGCUCCACUGCACGGUGACGAACCCUGGCGGUUGCCGCCUCUACUCGCGGCAGGAGGAGCCCGCGUUGUCUCAGCUUCAGCCCGUCCGCCUCCCGCCUACCGACUGCCUGCCCGACAUCAAGCAGCGGGGCUUCACGGAGCGGCUGUUGGCCAGUGUGGAGGGCGGGUUGUUGCUGCACCACUGGGCGGGGGACGUGCUGGCCGAGCGCCUGGGCCGCUGCCAGGUGUUCUGGGCCCGUUCUGAGAGCGGCCCGGAGCUGGAGCUGGAGCCGGGGGCGGCAGCGGGACCGGACGGCGGCGCCAUCAAACUCAACCGCAACCAGCGCACUCACAUCUUAUGUCUCAGGGACUUCGUCAGAGAGCUGAGGGCGUUCAUGGAGCACCGCGGGGGGGCGCCCAACUGCGCCGCGUACCUGUGCUUCGGGCAGCAGUUCCUGCGCAGCAACAAGAACAAGAAGCUCAUCCUGGUCAAGGUGGUGCCCCUGGCUUGGGUUGCACUGACGGAGAUGGCCCAGCAGGGCGGCGCCUCCUCACUGGACAGUGACAACGUCAGUCUACACAUCUCCAGCACGGCUUCCCUCGACAGCCUGCUCGCUUUGUUGCGGGAGGUGGAGGACAUGGAGCUCGACCUCUGACCUCACUGGACCAGCCUUCUUUCACCCCCAUUGACCCCUGACCCCCACUCUCAGGCCCAGACCUACGACCCUCAGGACAAUGGACCAAUCAGCCUCCACUGGACCUUUAACCCAUGACCCCGUCCCGCUGGACAAUUGACCUGACCCUCCCCAUGCACCUCCCCAACCCAGGCACUGACCUCUGACCCCUCCCCCGCCAGGCUCUGACCUCUGACCCCCCAACCCAGGCUCUGACCUCCCCCACCA